CCCCCCGCCCUCCCCCCGUGAGCCACCACCGCUUCACGGGAAACUCAAUCCUUGCCGGAUUACGAACUUGGCACCGCGCUUCGCCAUGUCCGUCGACCGAGUUUCGGCGACAUUCGUGGCGGCGGAGAAAGAAAUCACGGCGGAGACGAAACGGGAAGAAGGAAUUGGUACGGCGGAGACAGAGAAGGUCUGGGAAGAAAAGGAGAAGAAGCAACUACGGAGCGGUUGGAAGGAAUACUUGGAGCAAGCGAAGGAGUUGAUCGUAGCGGACGGUGGACCGGCGCGGUGGUUUUCGCCGUUGGAGUGCGGUUCGCGGUUGGUCAAUUCUCCUCUUAUGCUCUUCUUGCCGGGGAUUGAUGGCGUGGGCCUGGGACUUAUUUCACAUCAUCAGAAAUUGGGAAGGAUUUUUGAUUUGUGGUGCUUACAUAUUCCAGUUGCGGAUCGAACACCAUUUACAGACCUUGUGAAAUUAGUUGAGAAAACAGUUAGGUCAGAAUAUCAACGUUCACCAAAUAGGCCCAUUUACCUUGUUGGAGAAUCUUUAGGAGGGUGUCUCGCGCUGGCUGUUGCGGCUCGUAACCCUGACAUUGAUCUUGUACUAAUUUUGGCAAACCCAGCUACUUCAUUCAGUAGAUCGCAGUUGCAACUUGUAACACCAUUGUUGGAAGCUUUGCCUGGCUCGCUCUCUCCUGCCCUGCCUAACAUUCUCAGUUUGACAGCAGGCGACCCUCUGAGGUUGGUGUUGGAUAGUGUCGUGAAAGGACUUCCUCUACAAAAUACAGCUAGAGAGCUAAUAGAGGACUUUACUACUUUCGCAUCAUCUCUUCCUGUUCUUGCAGACAUAUUACCAAAAGAAACACUUAUGUGGAAACUAAAGAUGCUUAAGUCAGCUUCUGCAUAUGCUGGUUCACGUCUUUAUGCUAUCAAAGCUCAGACUUUGAUUCUUUGCAGUGGAAAUGAUCAAUUACUACCUAGUCAACAGGAAGGUGAAAGACUAAUUCAGUUACUGCAUAAUUGCGAUAUCCGUAAAUUUAAUGACAGUGGCCAUUUCCUAUUCCUGCAGGAAGGCAGCAUUGACCUGGUAACGAUCCUCAAGGGAACUUCUUACUACCGCCGUGGCAAGUAUCAUGACUAUGUUUCUGAUUUUGUACCGCCUACACCUGAUGAAGCCAAAGAAGUAAUAGAAUCAAACAGUUUGAUUAAUUUUGUCACAAGUUCUGUAAUGCUUUCAACUUUGGAGGAUGGAACAAUUGUAAAGGGACUUGCUGGAAUUCCUUCAGAGGGGCCUGUUUUGUUUGUUGGGUACCACAUGCUGCUAGGAUUGGAAUUAGUCCCCUUGGUUUCUCGAAUUUUUAUGGAAAGAAAUAUCCUUGUUAGAGGAAUAGCACAUCCCAUGAUGUUUAUGAAACGAAAAAACGGAAGAUUACCAGAUAUAUCUUCUUUUGACACGUUCAGAAUUAUGGGUGCUGUUCCUGUAGCACCAUCUAACCUCUUCAAGCUUUUAUCUUCCAAGUCACAUGUCCUGUUAUAUCCUGGAGGGAUGCGCGAGGCUCUUCAUAGGAAGGGAGAAGAAUAUAAGUUAUUCUGGCCUGAACAAUCUGAGUUUGUCAGAAUGGCUGCAAGAUUUGGAGCCAAAAUUGUACCUUUUGGUGCUGUUGGAGAAGAUGAUGUUGGCCAAGUUGUGGUUGAUUAUGAUGACUUGGUGAAGGUUCCUUACUUUAAGUCUGAAAUAGAAAGCCUUACAAAUGAGGCUAAGCAGUUGAGGACUGGUUCUAGUGGUGAGGUAGCAAAUCAACAAGUGCAUAUGCCUGGAAUUUUGCCUAAAGUUCCGGGCCGGUUUUACUAUUAUUUUGGAAAACCAAUUGUUACAGAAGGAAGGAAACAGGAACUUAAGGACAGGGAGAAAUCUCAAGAAUUAUAUUUGGAAGUGAAAUCUGAGGUUGAGAAUUGUAUUGCUUAUUUAAAGGAGAAAAGAGAAAGCGACCCCUACAGAAGUAUACUGUCUCGGUUGUUAUACCAAGCUACACACGGUCUUACAUCUGAUAUUCCAACAUUUGAAAUUUGAUUGUCCUAUACAAAAUAAAAAUGGUUAUUUUCUAGUUGUUCCAGAAGUUUUUAUAGGUUAGAAAGGCAAACCAUGCGAUUUGCCAAAAGUUACAGGCAUUGUUUUUGUCCAGAAAGGCAUGAUAGCUCAUAGAAGGUUGGACCAUUAUGCAAUUUAUCCUAGUUUAAAUCAAUAAACAUUAGGCAUCAAAUGCAAAAAAUAAAUUAUUGGUAAAGGAACACAGCUACUCAUGUUGUAUGUAAAUUUAUCAUUUUUUAUCCAUGGAUCAUGGAGCCUUGAACAUGUACAGUGGGAGGGAGGUAUCAAUGUAUCAUUUCCUUACCAUAGUGAAACUAUAUCUCUCUAGACAUAUACGCCAGAAGUGUUCUGAAUUCAUUCUAAGACAUAAUAUGUUUGGUUUUUACUA